AUGCAUUCUGUUUCGCCUUCUACAUACCCCUCUGGGGGAACAUCCCCAGCACCAGCUGAUACUCCUGGUACUGAGUACAGUGAAUAUGAAUUCUCCAACGACGUGGCCGUGGUUGGAAUGGCCUGCCGCGUUGCGGGAGGAAACCACAACCCUGAGCUCCUCUGGCAAUCGCUCCUCAGCCAGAAAAGUGCAGUGGGUGAGAUUCCAGAGAUGCGCUGGGAGCCUUACUAUCGUCGGGACCCACGAAAUGCAAAGGAACUCAAGAAGACGACGUCGCGUGGUUAUUUCCUCGAUCGCUUGGAGGACUUUGAUUGUCAGUUCUUCGGCAUCUCCCCUAAGGAGGCCGAGCAGAUGGAUCCCCAACAGCGAGUCUCACUUGAGGUGGCCUCAGAGGCACUGGAGGAUGCCGGCAUUCCCGCCAAGAGCCUGUCUGGGAGUGACACAGCAGUCUUCUGGGGUGUAAACUCAGACGACUACUCCAAGCUAGUGCUGGAGGAUCUGCCAAAUGUCGAAGCCUGGAUGGGCAUCGGCACCGCGUAUUGUGGCGUGCCCAAUCGCAUUUCCUAUCACCUGAACCUGAUGGGACCUAGCACCGCCGUGGAUGCGGCCUGUGCAUCGUCUCUCGUCGCCGUCCACCAUGGAGUUCAAGCCAUCCGGCUGGGCGAAUCACAGGUGGCGAUUGUUGGAGGUGUCAACGCCCUCUGCGGACCAGGCCUGACCCGCGUCCUCGACAAAGCUGGAGCUAUCUCAUCUGAUGGAUCUUGCAAGUCAUUCGAUGAUGACGCCCAUGGGUACGCUAGAGGCGAAGGCGCCGGCGCCCUCGUCCUUAAAAGUUUGCACCGUGCAUUGCUCGAUCAUGAUAACGUCUUGGCCGUUAUCAAGGGAAGCGCAGUAGCCCAGGAUGGCAAGACAAACGGCAUCAUGGCCCCCAAUGCCAAAGCACAACAGCUAGCGGCGCGAACUGCUCUCAACGUUGCAGGAGUCGACCCUAGCACUGUGCGCUAUGUGGAAGCCCAUGCCACAUCUACACCCCUGGGCGACCCAACUGAAAUAUCCGCCAUCGCAGGCGUGUACGGCACCAACCGCCCCGCCGACGAUCCAUGCUACAUCGGGUCCAUCAAGCCCAAUAUUGGUCACCUGGAAGCUGGUGCAGGCGUCAUGGGCUUCAUCAAAGCAAUCCUGACCAUUCAAAAGGGUGUCCUGCCUCCCCAGGCCAACUUGACAAAUCUCAAUAGCCGGAUUGACUGGAAGACGGCUGGCGUGAAGGUCGUCCAAGAGGCCACCCCGUGGCCCUCCUCGGACCCCAUCCGUCGGGCAGGUGUUUGCUCGUAUGGGUACGGAGGUACCGUUUCUCACGCAGUAAUCGAGGAGUUCAAUCCUAUCCUGCGGCCAGACCCCCUGGAUGAUGGUGCAGCCACCGGACCAGGCCUUUUGUUGCUGUCAGGCCCCCAGGAGAAACGGUUAGCCCUGCAGGCUAAAACCCUGCGUGAGUGGAUGACUGCCGAUGGAAAGGAUAAUAAUCUGAGUGAAAUUCUCACGACAUUGGCUACGCGACGAGAUCACCAUGACUACCGAGCAGCGCUUGUGGUUGACGACCAUCUCGAUGCUACCCAGGUCCUGCAAGCACUGGCUAAUGGAACCGACCAUUCCUUCACGACCCAGAGUCGCGUAUUGGGCGCAGACGUCAGCAAGGACGUUGUCUGGGUGUUUUCCGGGCACGGUGCGCAGUGGCCGGACAUGGGCAAGCAACUAAUUCACAAUCCUGUAUUCUUCGCAGCCAUCCAGCCACUCGAUGAGCUGAUUCAAGCCGAGAUUGGCCUGUCCCCCAUAGAGCUGCUCCGCACGGGCGACUUUGAGUCGUCGGAUCGGGUGCAAAUCCUUACCUAUCUCAUGCAAAUCGGUCUCAGCGCCAUCCUUCAGAGCAAUGGAAUCACUCCACAGGCCGUGAUUGGCCACUCAGUGGGCGAAAUUGCGGCCAGUGUUGUGGCCGGGGCUUUGACUUCAGCAGAGGGCGCGCUCAUUGUGACCCGCCGAGCGUUGUUAUACCGACAGGUCAUGGGCAAGGGCGGCAUGAUCCUUGUCAACCUUCCUAGUGCCGAGACCGAAGAGAUCUUAGGUCGCCGACAGGACCUGGUUGUGGCCAUCGAUUCAUCGCCUUCGUCCUGCGUGGUGGCUGGAGAUAAGGAUAUUGUCGCCGAGACAGCAGAAGCCUUCAAGGCACGGGGUGUGAAAACAUUCACCGUUAAGAGCGACAUUGCCUUCCACAGUCCAACCCUGAAUGUCCUUAUGGAUCCUCUGCGAGAUGCGCUCGGACAGGCUCUGGCCCCUACCAGUCCCACCAUCAAGCUGUAUUCCACCGCACUGGUCGACCCUCGCGGCCAGGACCUGCGCGACUUGGAAUACUGGACCGGCAACAUGGUUAACCGCGUGCGUCUCACCUCGGCCAUCCAAGCGGCCGUUGAGGACGGAUACCGCCUCUUCCUUGAAGUCUCAACCCAUCCAGUGGUGUCUCACUCCAUCAACGAGACGCUAAUGGACGCAGGCUUGGAGGAUUUCGCGGUCAUCCCUACUCUUCUACGUAAGAAGCCGACUGAGAAGCAUAUCUUGCACAGCAUUGCACAGCUUCACUGCCGCGGCGCGGAAGUUAACUGGGCAGCGCAGAUGCCUGGACGCUGGGCUACUGGAUUGCCCACUACCACCUGGAUGCAUAAGCCCAUCUGGCGGAAGAUAGAGACUGCGCCCCUCCAUACUGGCCUCACGCACGAUGUCGAGAAGCACACCCUUCUGGGACAACGCAUCCCAGUACCCGGCACCGACACCUUCGUCUACACUAGCCGCCUAGACAACGAAACAAAGCCUUUCCCUGGCAGUCAUCCCCUACACGGCACCGAGAUCGUUCCCGCAGCGGGUCUGAUUAAUACUUUCUUGAAGGGCACCGGCGGCCAGAUGCUCCAGAACGUGGUGCUCCGCGUUCCCGUUGCCAUCAACGCGCCACGGUCUGUCCAGGUCGUGGUCCAGCAGGAUCAGGUCAAGGUCGUGUCCCGGCUGAUUUCGAGUGAUCCCUCGCUGUCGGAUGACGAUGCCUCCUGGGUCACUCACACCACUGCUUAUUGGGAUCGCAAGGUUCUGGGUUCCGCAGAUCGCAUCGACCUCGCGGCCGUCAAAGCGCGACUGACCACCAAACUAGCAGACAACUUCUCAAUUGACUACUUGGACAAGGUUGGCGUCUCAGCCAUGGGAUUCCCAUGGGCGGUAACAGAGCACUACCGUGAUACCAAGCAGAUGCUGGCGCGCGUUGAUGUCAAUCCCGCUGUCCUUGGAGAUGACCCCCUACCCUGGGAUUCUUCCUCCUGGGCCCCGGUUCUCGACGCUGCCACCUCUGUCGGUUCUACCGUCUUCCAAACAGCUGCGCUGCGGAUGCCAGCCCAGAUCGAGCGCGUGGAGAUCUUCACCUCGGAGGACCCGCCCAAGAUCAGCUACCUCUUCGUCGAGGAGGCCUCUGAUUCAGUGCCCACCUCUCACGUUAGCGUGCUGAGCGAGACGGGUGAGGUCCUUGCUAAGUUUACGGCUAUGCGCUUCUCCGAGAUUGAAGGCACCCCGGGUGUCAGUGGCAGCAUGGAGAGUCUCGUGCACCAGAUCGCCUGGCCACCGGCAACCCCGGCUGAAGAGCCCUUGCUCAUCACGAAGGUGAUUCUGGUCUCGCCCGAUGCUACCGCGCGGGCCCAGUAUGCCGCGACUCUGCCGACCCAGGUGCAGUCCUUCCAAUUCUCAACCACAGAGGACUUCUUCAGCAACGCUUCAUCCCUCCCCCUCGAGAAGGGAACCGUUGUGGCCUACAUCCCCGGUGAGGUCGCCUCGCUGGCAGAGGUUCCCGCUGCAUCCGAGUCGUUCACUUGGAACCUGCUUGAGCUGAUCAAAUUCAUCGUCAAUGGUUCACUGCCCAUCAAAGUCUUCACUCUCACUUCCAGCGUGGGCGAUGGUCAAACACCAACCGCCCUGGCCCAGUCCCCAUUGAUCGGUCUUGCACGAAUCAUCGCCAGUGAGCACCCCGAUCUAGGAUCCCUCAUCGACAUUGAAGAGCCCAAAAUCCCCCUGUCGACGAUGCGAUACAUCCAGGGGGCCGACGUCAUCCGUAUCAGCGACGGAAUCGCCCGCGUCUCCCGGUUCCGCAGUCUACCACGCACCAAGCUGCGCCCUGCUAGCGAGGGUCCUCGCCUGCUUCCCCGGCCCGAUGGCACAUAUCUCAUCACUGGCGGUCUCGGAAUUCUCGGACUCGAGGUCGCUGACUUCCUGGUGGAGAAGGGCGCCAGACGUCUGCUGCUCAUCUCGCGACGUGCUCUUCCGCCGCGCCGAACUUGGGAUCAGGUCAGCGAGGAUCUCCAGCCGACCAUCGCCAAGAUCCGCCUCUUGGAGAGUCGCGGCGCCUCAGUCCACGUCCUUCCCUUGGACAUCACCAAGCCGGAUGCGGUUGAGCAGCUGUCCACGGCCCUAGACCGCCUCUCCCUCCCUGCGGUCCAAGGUGUCGUCCACGCUGCCGGCGUCUUGGAUAACGAGAUGGUAUUGCAGACCACGCGUGACGCCUUUAACCGGGUUCUUGCGCCGAAGAUCGCGGGUGCGCUAGCCCUGCACGAAGUCUUCCCUCCUAAGAGUGUUGAUUUCUUUGUCAUGUUCUCCUCUUGUGGAAACCUAGUCGGGUUCACUGGCCAAGCCUCUUACGGCAGUGGCAACGCCUUCUUAGAUACACUGGCCACCCACCGGGCACGCCUGGGCGACUCGGGAGCUGUGGCCUUCCAGUGGACUGCAUGGAGGGGCCUUGGUAUGGGCUCCAGCACGGACUUCAUUAACGCGGAAUUGGAAGCCAAGGGAAUCACAGACGUAACACGCGAUGAGGCCUUUGCUGCCUGGCAGCAUCUUGCCAAGUAUGAUAUUGACCACGGAGUUGUCUUGCGAAGUCUCGCCAUUGAUGACGGGGAGCCGGUGCCGGUGCCCAUCCUCAAUGAUAUCGUGGUGCGACGCGUGAGCGAGCUCUCUGGCAGCGCGCAGGCAGCUGCUGGCUCCAGUGGCAACGACGCGGUGCCUUCCUCAGGACCGGAGCUCAAGGCGUAUCUGGAUGAGAAGAUCCGCGGCUGUGUGGCCAAGGUGUUGCAGAUGACAGCUGAGGAUGUGGAUUCGAAGGCAGCCCUGGCUGAUCUGGGUGUUGACUCUGUCAUGACGGUCACUUUGCGUCGCCAGUUACAGCAGACGCUGAAGAUCCCCGUGCCCCCAACAUUGACGUGGAGUCACCCGACUGUCAGUCAUCUGGUGGUUUGGUUUGCCGAGAAGAUUGGCAAAUGA